GAGCUCCGCCAGCCGAGGGGCGGGACCUGCCAGCCGAGGGGCGGGUCGGUGAGCAAAGCUUGAACACUCUGCAGCCCUGGUGCCCCCACUCCCCGCGCCUGCCUUCGGAGCCCAGCCCGUGGCAAUCUCACGCUCCUCGCCAUCAUGCUGUGGCCGGGCUGCCAGGCGCUUCGGCACUUCUCCACCGGCCAGGUUUAUUUCAAAAACAAGCUGAAGUUGGCACUUAUUGGCCAGAGCCUCUUUGGACAGCAAGUCUAUAGCCACCUCCAGAAAGAGGGCCACCGAGUGGUGGGCGUGUUCACAGUUCCAGACAAGGACGGAAAGGCUGAUCCACUAGCUUUGGCUGCAGAGAAAGAUGGGACCCCUGUGUUCAAGUUCCCCCGAUGGAGAGUCAAGGGUAAAACCAUCAAGGAGGUGGCAGAAGCCUACCAGUCAGUGGGUGCCGAGCUCAAUGUGCUUCCCUUCUGCACACAGUUCAUCCCCAUGGAUGUCAUUGACGGCCCAAAGCAUGGCUCCAUCAUCUACCACCCAUCCCUGCUACCCAGGCACAGAGGAGCAUCUGCCAUCCAUAACUGGAUUCGAGGUCAUGAUAAGGUCCCUGGAGCCUGGGCAGAGAUAAAUGGACAGAUGGUGACUUUCUACGGUUCAUCAUUAUUGACUAGCUCUGUGCCUGCUGGAGAACCCCUGGACAUUAGAGGUUCCAAGACACCUGGCCUUGUUACCAAAAAUGGACUUGUUCUUUUUGGUAACGAUGGAAAAGCACUGAUGGUGAGAAAUCUGCAGUUUGAGGAUGGGAAGAUGAUUCCUGCCUCCCAGUACUUCUCAUCGGGUGAGACAUCAGCAGUAGAACUUACAGCUGAGGAGAUGAAGGUGGCAGAGACCAUCAAGGUCAUCUGGGCUCGAAUUUUGAGCAAUGUCCCUGUGAUUGAAGACUCCACAGACUUCUUUAAAUCUGGAGCAAGCUCAAUGGAUGUUGUGAGGCUGGUGGAAGAGAUCAGACAGAAAUGUGGUGGUCUUCAACUGCAGAAUGAAGAUGUCUACAUGGCCACCAAGUUUGAGGAUUUCAUCCAAAUGGUCGUGCGGAAACUGAGAGGAGAGGACCAAGAGGUGGAGCUGGUGGUGAAUUAUGUCUCAAAGGAGGUCAAUGAAAUGACAGUGAAAAUGCCGUAUCAGUGUUUCAUAAAUGGACAGUUUGUGGAUGCCGAGGAUGGGAAGACUUACGACACUGUCAACCCCACAGAUGGAUCUACGAUAUGCAGAGUAUCCUACGCUUCCUUAGCGGAUGUUGACAAAGCAGUAGCUGCAGCCAAGGACGCCUUUGAAAAUGGUGAAUGGGGAAAGAUGAAUGCCAGAGAGAGAGGAAGACUGAUGUACAGACUUGCUGAUCUCCUGGAAGAAAACCAAGAGGAGCUGGCAACCAUAGAAGCCCUGGAUUCCGGGGCUGUCUACACCCUGGCUCUGAAGACUCACAUUGGAAUGUCUGUGCAAACAUUCCGAUACUUCGCAGGCUGGUGUGACAAAAUUCAGGGCUCUACAAUCCCAAUCAACCAGGCCCGUCCAAAUCACAACCUGACCUUCACCAAGAAGGAGCCACUUGGUGUCUGUGCCAUCAUCAUCCCCUGGAACUACCCACUGAUGAUGCUGGCCUGGAAGAGUGCAGCAUGCUUGGCAGCAGGCAACACCCUAGUACUCAAGCCAGCACAGGUCACGCCCUUGACAGCGCUGAAGUUUGCAGAGCUGACUGUGAAAGCAGGCUUUCCAAAGGGGGUAAUCAACAUCGUUCCAGGUUCAGGGGGUGUUGCAGGACAGCGGCUUUCUCAGCACCCAGACAUCCGCAAGCUUGGCUUCACUGGCUCCACGUCUGUGGGCAAACAGAUCAUGAGCAGCUGUGCUGUGAGCAACCUGAAGAAAGUUUCCCUUGAGCUUGGUGGCAAAUCCCCACUUAUAAUAUUCAAUGACUGUGAACUUGACAAGGCAGUGCGGAUGGGCAUGGGCGCAGUGUUUUUCAAUAAAGGAGAGAACUGCAUUGCAGCUGGACGACUGUUUGUGGAAGAGUCCAUCCACGAUGAAUUUGUAACCAGAGUGGUGGAAGAAAUUAAAAUGAUGAAGAUUGGUGAUCCGCUGGACAGAUCUACAGACCACGGGCCCCAAAACCACAAAGCCCAUCUAGAAAAGCUGCUGCAGUACUGUGAAACCGGAGUGAAGGAAGGGGCCACACUGGUAUACGGAGGAAGACAGGUGCAGCAGUUGGGCUUCUUUAUGGAACCAACCGUGUUCACAGAUGUUGAAGACCACAUGUACCUUGCCAAAGAGGAAUCCUUCGGGCCUAUCAUGGUCAUUUCUAAAUUUCAAAAUGGGGACAUCGACGGGGUGCUGCGUCGAGCAAAUAACACUGAAUAUGGUUUGGCCUCUGGGGUUUUCACGAGAGACAUCAGCAAAGCCAUGUACAUGAGUGACAAGCUAGAGGCAGGCACAGUUUUCAUCAACACCUACAACAAGACAGACGUGGCGGCCCCGUUUGGUGGAGUGAAGCAGUCUGGCUUUGGAAAAGACUUGGGUGAGGAAGCCCUGAAUGAAUACCUCAAGACCAAAACGGUGACACUCGAGUAUUAGAGCAAUGCCAGCCUCAGGAAGCCUUCGAUGAAUAGCCUGCUUUCCAAACCGUCACAAGCUGAGGAAGGAGGAACCAUCUGUGAGCCACAAAAAUACAUACAAGGACCAAAAAGAGGGUUGGGCCGCGUGCAUGAGCAUUUGCCUGAGGGCCUCAGUAAAUUCUAGUAUACUGUUUUUCUCACCAAAUGACUUACCUCUGUUAGGUUUCAACAAUGUUGGGUAUUCUGUGUAUUUCUAAAGUAUCUAAGGCCCUUCUGUUCCAGGAAGGACUAUUCUCUUCAAGGCCAUCCCUCUUGAACACACUGACCCCACUCAGCUGUAAUGUACAGAUACAUUUAGGAUUUCUGGAUCAUUAAUCCCCGGGCCAUACAGACUGGACACUAACAACUAUUUCUUUACUUUUGUUUUCAAAGCACAGCAUACCCCAUGUAGAAUGUGAUGGCUGUCCUUUUCCCUUUUCAUAGAACAUCCAAUUUUGUGCCUUUGACUCUUCUGUAGCCCACUGUGACAGACGAGCAGCCCACGGCUUUUCUUCUAUAUCUACCUACUGGGUACAAACUGAAGUGCUGAGGACCUUGAUCCUAUAUUGACAUCGUCUUUGGUCCUAUAGUUUAAAUUCUAGUAAACAGUUUUUUCAGGAAGUACACAGCAUGCGAUGGCCAAUCUUAGUCAUACUAGACUGUCAUACUAUCUGGCUUGGAGAAAAUUACCCACCUUCUUUGAGCUCUGGCUUCCUAUUUGGGCUUCCUGGUGUGUAAAACAGGGGUAGCAGUGCCUUCCUCAAUACCCUCAUUAAAAGGAUUCUGUGCAACAAGAAAAGCCCCAGCACUGGGCUUCGCCGUAUAUGUAAAUAGUCAAUUAAAUGUAAGUCUCUUUUUCCAUCUCUGCUUUAAAAA